AUAGUCCACUUGUCUUGUUUCACAGCGAACCAAAUCUCUUUAAUUGAUGAUUUCCGCUUUCAGGAUAAGGCAACAACGGAACAAAAUUUUCUGUGUUCCAAUUUUGCUUUGGACACAACAAAACGGUAGCUUGAGCUUUGAAACAUAGCAGCAUUCACUUUUCACGAGAGAACAAACAAGGCCUUCUUCUUCACCUUUUCACAUUGUGUUGCAUCAUCACCAUCCAUUUCCAUUGUUAGCUCCUCUUAAUGGUUAUGGCAACUGUGGGGUCUGAACCUGCUUGUGCAAGAACGGUUCAUGAUGUUGCAUCUUCUUUCAGCUCUAAAUGGCAGCACUCUUCUACGGUUAAGAAGCAGCCACGUGCUCGAAUUCUUCAAUGUUCUCUCAGGAUUAGAGCUUGUAGUUCCAUGGCUAACAAAAAGGAUAUCUACAAACAAGUGGGUUUAUUUUCUCUAAAAAGGAAAAUUGAAGAUGCAGUUCUUCGUGCUGAAACGUUUGCAUCGACAGCCUUGGAAAUGGAAGAAGCAACGUGGAUUAAGCAGGAAGAAAUGGUACGUGAUUUUGAUAUGUGGGAUGAUCCAGCUAAGUCCAAUGACAUCCUUGUCAAGUUGGCAAACAGUGCCAAAGUGGUUGAUUCUCUAAAGGACUUGAAAUACAAGGUAGAGGAAGCAAAGCUGAUCAAUCAGUUGGCUGAGAUAAAUGCUAUUGAUUAUGGGCUUUAUAAACAAGCAUAUGAAACAUCAUUGGAUGUGAGUGAGAUUGUGGAUCAGUACGAGAUUUCUAAGCUUCUUAAAGGGCCUUUUGAUAUGGCAGGAGCAUGUUUGGUUAUAAAAGCUGGACCUAAGGGCAUCUAUCCAAAGCUCUGGGCAGAACAGAUCCUAAGCAUGUAUCUUAGAUGGGCCAAAAGACGAGGUUAUGAAGGAAGAAUUGUUGACAAGUGUCCGUUCAAGAAUGGAGGAAUUAAUUCUGCUAUUAUAGAGUUUGAAUUUGAGUGUGCAUAUGGCUAUCUUUCAGGGGAAAAAGGAGUUCACUACUUGAUAAGAGGUUCUCCAAAUGAAUCUUCUCAGCUUGAGGCUAGCUCAGCAACUGUAGAUGUUAUUCCCAUGUUUCUUGAGAGUGCUUGUGAUCUUGAAAUUGAUUCUGAGGAUUUGAUUAUCUCAUCUCCCUUGAUUCAUGGGAAAAACAAGAGACAAACUGAUCAUACAGUUUGCAUUCAGCAUAUACCUACUGGCAUAAGUGUCCAAUCCUAUGGUGAGAGAAGCCACUUUGCAAAUAAGAUGAAAGCACUAAACAGACUGAAAGCUAAACUUCUAGUGACAACAAAGGAACAAGGAGUUGCAAGUAUAAAAAGUAUACAGAAGGAAAACAUUGUCAAUUUAUGGCAAGAAGAAAUUCGGAGUUUGACAUGGGCAGCUCAUGAGAACAAGGACGAGUACAAAAACAACACUUGGUCACCAUUGGUUUCCAUGAGCACCUAGAGUAGUUCAUUCGAAGUGGCAAAUAACAUCUUUCUUCAAUUCACACUACUUUGCGGUAAACGCCAACAUCUGGAAUAGGAAUCACCCUCUUGUUGAGGCUUACUCUUAAUCACACACAACACGUGCCUCAAUCACAUUCUUAUAAGAAGCUAUUCUUUUUUCUACAAUACUUACACAGUUACAUUAUUUUCUCAAUAUUAGAGCAGAAUGAGUCUAAGCUUAUGCCUCUCCCAUUUCCCAUCCCCCUCCUUGUUACCUUUUUGCCUCUCCUCGUUCCUGACUUAUAUCCUAACAUAUAAUUAUCCUAAAAUUAAACUAAUAUUAUGCAUUUUAACUUGAUCUAAACCUUCUAGUUAAAGUGAAAUUAAAGAUGCUUUGGUAAAAUGAGAUGAGACUAGUACUUGCCUAGUGUUGUUAUGUAAGCUUUUAGUUUAUAACAACAAUGUUCUUAAUAAUGGUUUGAUGCAGUGUAUCUUGGCUU